UAUUUUUUAUUGUAUAUUAUUUUUAAUUUAUGUCAUGAUACGUGUAAAUACAUAUCUAUGUAAACGAACGAACGAACGAAUGAACGAUUAUGCUGUUGAAAAACAAAAGCAUACAACCAUAAUCCAUUCAACUUUUGUUGUUGAAGAAAUUUGACGUGUUUUUCAAAACGAAAAGUUCAUCAAGUAUAUAAAUUGGAAAUGCAACAUAAAGUGGAAAUAGAAAAAAAUGUUUGGGAUCCUCUUAAUAUUUUUCACGUGACCAGUGAUUACAAAUAUGCCGUCAUUAUUUUAAAUAGUCCAAUACGUUUGAAGAACAAUCUGAUGUUUCAACUUUGGGAAAAUGCACAAGUGACUAUUACCGUUGAUGGUGGUACGCACAGAUGGUUAAAUUAUUUGGACAAUGAAGGAAUAGACAUUUUUAAUGGAAAUUAUAAUAAAUAUGUUCCAAAUCUUAUUACUGGUGACAUGGAUAGUUCAUCGAAGUGUACUAUUGAAAAAUUACAAGAUAUUGGUUCUAAAGUUAUCAUGACACCUGAUCAAAUGUUCACAGAUUAUACAAAAGCUUUAAUGGAAUUGAACAUUCAUGCUAAGGAAGAAAAUAUUAAUUUAAACGCUGUAUACGUAAUAGUUGAAAAUUUUGGUAGAUUUGAUCAUUUACUUGGAAACAUUAAUACACUUUAUAAAUCUGGAAAGAUUAUACCCAAUGUACAGAUAAUACAAAUUGCAAGUGAUUCGUUAACGUGGCUGUUAAAGUCAGGUUUUCACAAAAUAAGGAUACCUAGCAUAUUACUUCAAGGAAACAAUUGGUGUGGAUUAUUACCAAUUGGUGCACCUGCUAAUCACAUAUCAACAACUGGUUUAAAAUGGAAUUUAGAUAAUGGACUUAUGCAGUUUGGUGGUUUAGUUAGUACUUCAAAUACAUAUGAUAAAUGUCCUGAAGUAACUGUAAGUACAGAUGUAUCAUUGAUUUGGACUAUGGGAAUUGAACCAUUAAUGGAUACUGAAAAUUGUUAAUAUUGAAAAUUAAUUCAUGUGCAAUUUUUAAUGUUUUAUUUGAACGAUGACAAACUUUAUGAUCUGCAAAGGAACAUAAUUUUCUUAUUUUAUUUAUAUUAAUUAUUUAUAAUUAACAGAAAUGAAGAAACACACACACACACACACACAUGUCUUUGUACUUAAAAAAAAAAACAAAAAAAAUUUCUUUUAUUAUACAAUUUAUUAUCUGUUGUUAUCUAGGUGAUGGUAUAAACAAAAAUUCACUAAUUUGCAUAUUAGAAGAAUAAUCAAUUUUUAUAAAGUUAGACAAUUUAGAAAGUAUUUUUAUUAAAGAUUAGAUAUUUUAGAAAUGAAACUUCUAUUGACAGCUUUUACAAGUUUAUAGAAGAAGCUUGUUAUUUGAGUAGUGGGGGGGAGAGAAACAGGUAAAUAUCGAUCGUAUAAAACUUCCGGGAGAGAUGGUAGGAGAGACUUAAGAAGUUUUAUUUCAAUCGCGUGAGUGUUCCAUGCAUUUUUCUUUUAUUUUCUUCUUUUUUUUUUUUUUUUUAAUAAUUCCUUAUACAUAUUCAUAUUGAUUAAAGGUUAAACAACGAAAAGUACUUAUUCAUAUCAAACAUUAAAUAAAAUUAAUCAUGACAAAUAAUAUACAUAUAAAAUAAUAGUAGUAUUUCAUA